UGAAGUAAAUCAAAGCUUAAUCCCUCCAAACAUGAUCAAUCUUAAUAGCAAUAUUCCACCAAAAAUCAUCUUCUUGAUAACAUUCUUGCUUCCAUUCCUCAGAGUAGACGCCAAAACCAAGCAAUUAUGCCGAAGCUCUUGCGGAGACAUCCCGAUCAGCUACCCGUUCGGGGUGGACGAGGGGUGCGGCAGCCCCUACUACCGCCGCAUCCUCGUCUGCUCCGAGUCGGGCCAUCUGGAGCUCCGGACCCCGUCAGGGCGGUACCCAGUCCGCAACAUCAGCUACUCGGACCCACAUCUCCUCAUCGCCGACCCCUCCAUGUGGAGCUGCCGCGACGGCGAUAACUUCCGCCCCACAACUGCCUUCAGCCUCGACACCAGCACCCACUUCCGGCUCUCCCCGCAGAAUGACUAUCUGUUCUUCAACUGCAGCCAAGACGACGUCAUCAUGGAGCCUAAGCCCCUCUUCUGCGACCGCUUCCCCGAGCAGUGCGACUCCACCUGCGACACCGCCAGCUACCUCUGCAGGCAUAUGGUAGACUGCCCGGGUGUGCUGAAGGGCGGGUCGUGCUGCUCGUACUACCCGAAAGGUAGUGAGUCGUUGAGGAUGAUGCUGAAGCACUGUUCAAGUUACACCACUGUUUACUGGAAGAGUAUGGGGGUGACACCGGCCUACAACCAGGUUCCUGAGUACGGGAUCAGGAUCGACUUCGAUAUCCCGGUCACUACACGAUGCCUCUGGUGCCAGGAUGGAGCCAAGGGUGCUGGAACUUGCGGCUUCGACGUUGCAACCCAGGAUUUCUUGUGCUUGUGCGACAAGGGAAAUGCCACCACCUAUUGCAAAGAUCUGAGUGGGCAGAGGAGCAAUCCGGCGAUGGUGGCCGGGAGUGUCACAGCGGUGUCGGUUGCUGGUGCAUUUCUUGGAGUCGGAGUUUGGUACCUAAGAAAAGUGAGAGCCAAAGCUCCUGUCACUCAUGGAGUUCAGACCAAUGAAAAUAGGCUUUUUUGAGUUACUUAGCAUUGAGGCAAGAAUUAGAUUCUUUUUAUAUUUUAAUAUUGGAGAAAAAUUAAUCAUUUGUGUGAGUCUUCGAUAUCAAAUUAUGUGGCGGUUUGUCAACUCAUAUGGAAUUUUAAUGAUUAUCGUGAACGAGUUCACAAUAUGGAAAAUUAAGGCCAUACAUAAAUUCAUUAUGCUGAUCAUCUUGAGUUAAUUGA